AGCGCAGCGAGCGCGGCCCGGGCCCCGGACACCGGACGCUGCACCGGACACGACCCUCCCUGGAGCUUGGAUAACUGCCCACUUUGGACACCGCACCGGACACUGCCCCCCACUGGGCCGGACACUACAACGGACACUACUUCCCAGCCCCGGACAUUGCUACCUCCUACCCCCCGGCCUGGAGUGUGUCCCCCCCAACAGGCCCCAGACACUGAAUCUCCCUCAGGCUCUGGAUAGAGUCCUACUGCACCCUAGCCUCAGACCCUGCCCUAUACCUCCGCUUCUCCUGGCCCCGCACGCUGCCUCCUUCUUUCUUGGCCCAAGUCCCGCGACCUGACUGUUUCCGCGACUCCCCACCCCCAACCAUCCUCUCCUCCUGCGGCUCGACGCAGCCGCCUGCCUCCCCAAGCUCCCUGCUGUCCGGAUGCCUCUCCCGGGGGGGCUCUGGUGGCUCCUUUGCUGCCGUCGGGGCUUCACUCUACUGCGGAGGGACUACGGGGACGGAGAGCUUGGCGGCGACGUGGACGAGGACGAAGACGAGGAGACCUUUGAGCUUCGGUCCCCGGGUUCGGUGAGCUGCGGGAGGGGCCCACUGGAGGUGACGCUAACACAGCCCGGAAGAAGCGGGCCAGGCUCGGACAGGCUGCAGGGUUCCGAGGAAACGAGAAGCCUUAUACCCCAGCGAGGUCCCCCUGAAGAGGAGCCUGACGUCAUUGUCAAAGGUUGGCUGCAGCGGGAGCCUCGGGGAGGCAGCGCCCGGCCCUGGCUGCCCCCCCGCAGGGCCUGGUUCGUGCUCACUCGUGACUCCUUGGACCAGUUCAGUGGGAGCGGAAGCGGGGCCCGGCGGCUGGGGAGCCUGGUAUUGACCAGCCUGUGUUCUGUGUCGGGCCCUGAGCGAAAGCCCAAAGAAACUGGCCUCUGGUCAGUAACAGUGUCAGGCCGCAAACACAGUGUCCGACUCUGCUCUUCUCGGCUAGCCGAGGCUGCCCGCUGGGGUGCAGCACUUCGGAGCGUGAUUGCUGGGAAGGCGCCCCUAGAGACCCCUACCCAGCUCCUACUUCGGGAUAUUCAGGAGAGUGGCGGAGACUCUGAGGCUGUGGCCCUGAUUUAUCGUCGGAAUCCGAUCCUGAGGCACACAAGCAGCGCCCUUUAUGCCCCACUCCUGCCUCUGCCCUAUGGGGUUGGCCCUCCAGGUCCGGGCUACGCGCCACUUCGAGAGGAGGCUGUAAGGCUGUUCUUGGCCCUGCAGGCCCUAGAGGGGGCGCGGCGCCCGGGGCCUCUAAUGCAGGGCGUGCUCCAGACGUGCCGAGACCUGCCGGCGCUCCGAGACGAACUCUUCUUGCAGCUGGCCAAGCAGACUUCAGGCCCUGCAGGGCCCCCAGAGUCCCCCGCCCCUAACAGCCCGGCUGCCCUGCGAUACUGGCAGCUACUCUGCUGCAUGAGCUGCACCUUCCGGCCUGGGGGGGCCGUUCGGGGGCAUCUGCUGGGGCACCUAGAGAGGACAGAGAAAGCAUUCCCUGACACCGAGCUGGCUGAGUAUACACGUUUCAUCAGGAAGGCUCUGGGGCGCACUCGGGGCAGGGAGCUGGUGCCGUCUUUGGCAGAGAUCUCAGCUCUCAGCCAGCGUCAGGAGCUUCUAUGUACUGUGCAUUGUCCGGGAGCAGGAGCCUGCAGCGUUGCCAUUGACUCACACACUACUGCUUCAGAGGUGGCUCGGGAGCUCGUGGGGAGGCUAGGCUUGGCUCGGAGCCGAAACGCGUUCGCGCUCUACGAGCAGAGGGGUUCCCAGGAGCGGGCCCUGGCAGGAGGGGCCCUAGUGGCUGACGUGCUCACCAGGUUUGAGAAUCUGACUGCAGAGGAGGUAGAAUCUUCAGAUUCGGGCUGGAGGCUGUGUUUGCGUCUACACGGACCUCUGCAUCCCGAGGGGCUGCCUCCAGACGGGCAUGAACUACCUUUCCUAUUUGAGCAGGCCCACGCUCUGCUGUUGCGGGGCCGGCCGCCCCCGCCCGAGGACACGCUGAGGGCCUUGGCCGCCCUGCGCCUACAAAGUCUACACCGUGACUUCUCACCUCUGGCUCCUCUUCCUCGUCUAGACCGCCUGUUGCCCGCUUCAGCCCUGACCCGAGAGACCCCACCCCGCCCAGCCCCUAGAGCUCCUCCUACCGCCGCCCUGCUGGCCGGGGCGCUCUGGAGUCCAGGCUUAGCCAAGAGGAGGGCAGAGAGGGCCAGGCGUGGGGGCGCUGUCCGGAGUGGGGGUCCCGGGGCCCGCGAUGGGGGAGGCGCUGGGGCUGCUGCGGCUGUCCUGGGAGGGUGGAAGCAGCUUCGGGGAAUGGGCCAAGCUGAGGCGAUGGCGACCUACUUGGCUCUAGCUGCACAGUGUCCAGGUUUCGGUGCUGCCCGGUAUGACGUCCUGGAACUGAGCACGGAGACAGGGGGUGGUGUCCCGCAGCAGCUCUGCCUUGGUGUGGGGGCCAAGACCAUGUCCUUAUCUCGACCAGGAGAGACUGAGCCCAUCCACAGUGUCAGCUAUGGUCAUGUGGCUGCCUGCCAGCUAACUGGGCCACACACUCUGGCACUAAAGGUUGGGGACAGCCAACUGCUCCUACAGAGCCCCCAGGUGGAAGAGAUCGUGCACCUAGUGAACGCCUACCUGGCUAGCUCCACUCCUGACAGAUCCUGCAACGUUGUCACCCCGCUAGAGCUGCCAAACACACCGUCCCCUGUCAGCCAGAAUCCAGGCCUUGAUGACCACCAAGUAUAAUCUGGCUGUUUUGGUCAUCAGCAGCUUCGAGACUCCUGCAGUGAUGGAAUCAUGGCUUGCCCACAAUGAACAUCUAUCACAAGUACUUGGGUUUUGGACUGCUCUGGAAUUUUGAGAACCACUGACUCACCCUACCACAUUCACUAGCCCUGCAGGGACAGGGCCCCCUUGUCAUCUCCUUCCCCUGCACCCAGGGGCCAGGAUUUUGACAGGCACGGACAAUUUUCUAGUAUGUUUCUUAAUUUAUUUGUAGAAGAAAAGAAAAAAAUCUUUAUUUACACAAAA